AUGGCAGAGGCAACAGAACCCAUUCACUUUCUUGAUGUCUGCAGUCAAAAAUUCUCCGAAUUUAUGUUCAACGCUGAACAUAAAUGCUUGAUGUGGUUGCGGGAAAUUGAGGAGGAAGCCAUGAAGAUGUUUGAUAGCAAUCUCAGUGCCGAGCCUGCGUUGAUUCCCAAAACACCAUCACAGAAGAAGCAUCGGAAGAAGAAGCGCUCUUCAUCUUUUAAAGAUGUUGAUAAAGAACUGACUAGAAAAAGACUGUCAAAAAGACGAAGUGGCAUAAAACCAGCAUCCUCUAUUGAGCUUUUCUUGAGCAAAGAGAAUCCGGUGGUAACAGCAUCCUGUAAAAUGAACUUAUUCACAAAAGAAACUUUGGAAGCACAAUGUGACAAGACAGUAAUGCAUCCAUCUGAAGAAGCAACACUUGGUGUCAACUUCAACAAAAAUAUUGAAGUAAGAGGAAAAAUGGAUGCAGAAACAAGCAGCAUCCCUGAAGUCUUCACCAUGUGCCCAGAUGGGCCUUUUGCUGACAGGGUUGGAGCUACUGAAGCUGCAGGCAUAUCAAAUGUCUUUGCAGUCAUGCUGCUGAAUCCCCUUGAUCCAGCAAGGACUGGAAAAGACUGGAAUGCAAGCAGGCUGAGUACAUCUACUCCAACACCAUCUUUAAAUGUGAAGCCUGCAAGAGGAGGAGAGUUGUUAUUGGCCCAACAAGUAGAUAAUAAUCUGGUGCAAGAGGAAACUAUAUCUCAAGACUUAAAAGACAGCAGUGGAACCUCUGGAGGCUCCCGAUCAGGUCACCGCCCUUCAAAUAGACCCCACAAGAGCAAGAGAGUCUCACUUGUGGAGAAAUACUCACUAGCCAGUAAAAGGAAAAGCAUGAUUCGUAAAUCCAUCAGCAAAUCAAUUGCCAAGAAGAAAGCAGCUCGGAACUCUUCAUCCACCUCUAGUCGAGUAAGCUGCCAUAGUUCUUUUGAAUUGCUUAUGGAUGGUGAAACAAGUAAAAAUGGAACUUACUGUACCUUCUCUCCAGAAAGUCUUGCCAUUAAGAUGACUGGCUCCCAGGUCAAUGGGUCUGAAGAUUCAGCCCAGAGCAGCCAAUGCCAUGAACAGAGUAUCAGGAGUCAAAGUUACAAACAAGCACUGGAUGAGCUGCCUACUGCCCAGCCUACAAAAUAUGAAGACCUUUCAACUUCUAGUAAAAAAACCUCAUCUCCUCCUGCAAACAAAACACUGUCCCCUUCUGGUCCAGCCAGGAUCACACGACCUUUCAGAAACUUCUUUCAGACAAUGCAAAAAAGCCAGCUGUUCAAACCCCCUGGGUCUCCAGGGCCCAGCAGCAUUAUGAAAAGUCUUGUCAAACCUACCAUGCCUGCCACUAAACCUGAUACCAGGGAAAAGGAACGACAACGACUGGAGAGUCUGCGGAAAAAACAAGAAGCUGAGCAACAGAGAAAACAGAAAGUGGAGGAAGAAAAAAGACGAAGGUUGGAAGAGAUAAAACUAAAGCGUGAAGAACGAUUAAGAAAGGCACUGCAAGCACGAGAACGGGUGGAGCAGAUGGAAGAGGAAAAAAGGAAACGGAUGGAACAGAAGUUCUCCCAACAUGAGGAGCGGAGUGAGAAGGUGCGAGAAGAGAAAACAGCAGAGGAAAAGACAAAGAGAAAAGUGUCCGUGAAGAAACUAUGGGAUACAGAAACCCGAAAACAGAAAUCAUUGCAGAUGUUUCAGGAAGAGGAGCAAAAGCUUCAAGAACAGCCAGAAAAAUGGAAGACGGUUGGGGAAAUUAAGAAAAUGCUAGAACACAAUAACGCAAAACAAGCAAAUGAAAGGCACCAUGGGCAGCAAGACAAAGAGAAAUGGGUAAAACAGCUGGAACUGGCAGUGGUUACAGAAGAGGAAGAAAAUCAGAAGAAAUCUCCUAUCAGCACUUCCAACCAUGUGAACCCCAAAGACCUGAAAGACUCCAAGUCCCUCAAAAUCAAUCCUAAUGACUAUGGAAUGGAUUUGAAUAGUGACGACUCCACUGAUGAUGAAAGCCAGCCCCGCAAACCGAUCCCUCCUUGGGCCACUGGUCUUCAGCUUAAUGAAGCUGUCACAUAUCAGUACUACAACCCUCCAGACACUGAUACAUUUUUUGGACAAAUCUUGAGCCCUAAGCUAGAAGACAUCUUCUACAAGAGCAAACCAAGAUAUUUCAAGCGCACCAGUUCUGCCGUUUGGCAGUCACCGCCUUUACCGGGAACCAGAACAGCAUUGCGUUCAUCCAGUAGCAUGAAGAAAUACUGAGGCUGGGAAGGACCUCAUAUUACUGUCAGCUGUGUUUUGUCUCCC